GACAGUUUCGGUUAAGGCACAGUUCGAUCGCUUGUUUAGUACUGUGAACAACCAGCUCUGUCUCGAAUUUCAAGCAAAAUGGCAUUCAAGUUUGUGACCUUCCUCGCCCUGGUGGCCGUUGCCCGCGCCGGAGUUAUCUCCAGUCCGGCUCUGUCGUACGCCGCUGCCCCAGCCCUGUCCUACGCCGCUCCAGUGGCCAAGACCGUGUCCUAUGCUGCCCCCGCCCAGUACGCCUAUGCUGCCCCAGUGGCCAAGACCAUUGUUGCUGCCCCGGCCCUGACCAAGACCGUUGUCGCCGAUGAGUACGACCCGAACCCUCAGUACUCUUUCUCGUACGGAAUCUCCGACAAACUGACCGGAGAUCAGAAGGAACAGCACGAAACCCGCAACGGAGAUGUCGUCGAGGGAUCUUACUCGCUGGUUGAAGCUGACGGAACCCGCCGCAUCGUUGAUUACACCGCUGACCCACACAACGGAUUCAACGCCGUCGUCCGCAAGGAAGCCCUGGCCGUCAAGGCUGUCGCCGCUGCCCCAGUUGUUGCCGCCAAGGCCGUCUAUGCCCAGCCUGCCUACACUUCCUACGCCGCCCCAGCUGUGACCAAGACCAUCGUCCAGCAGCCAGCUUAUGCCACCUAUGCCGCCCCAGUGGCCAAGGCCGUCUAUGCUCAGCCAGCUUACACCACGUACGCCGCCCCUCUGGCCACCAAGACCAUCGUGUCCCAGCCAGCUUAUGCCUCGUACGCCGCCCCAGCCCUGUAUCACCACUAGGCUACUUUCCCUUCUGAACAAGUUAUGGAACUGUUAUACAAACUGUUUUCCAUUAUUGUUACAAACUGUUACGACUGAAUGAAAAUAGAAACAGCUAAAAAUUAAUGCAAA